GCUGCACUUACGUCCUGUUGUUUUCUUCUUUCCCGCGACCCGGGCCCGCAAACAACGAUACAGCAGAUGAGCUAUACAGUCGUGGUACUUGCAGGGUUCAUGUUUUUGGCAAUUUCCUGGUAUUAUUUUCCGGUGUACGGAGGCAUAUAUUGGUACACUGGACCCAUAUCCAACUUUACACCGGCCAUCAGAGGUGAAAACGAAGAUGAAGAUUCUAUAUCGGAGAGGAAGGAUCAUGAUGCCGAUAUCUAUGUUUCAGCGGUGGAUGUAUAA